AGCUUCAAACAAUCGCCAUUUUGGGUUUCCCACUUCCCAUUUCCAAUUCUCUUUUCCAUUCAAAGCUUACACCUGCUGCUCUCAACUUCUCAUUCUCCUCCUCUCUCAGUCUCUCACACACUUCGGUGACGGAGAGGGUCGGACAUUGACUCUCCGGCGGUUUACUUCCUACUUCCGUUUGGAAUUUGAUUGGGUUCCUUCAGCAUAGACAGACGAUAGAAAUGACGCAGAUAUCUCGCUUUCUGUUUUGAAUUUUGAUCGCUUCCUCAAGCUUUGGCUCCGGCGACGGUUGGAAGAUUGAAGUUCCAGCAGUUUAAGUGCAGAGUUUAAUUUUGCCAUGGAGAGCUCUGAUGAGGAGAAGGAUGGUGUUUUUGGGAAUUAUAUGCCAAAAGAACUAAGUAUGAGUAUAGCUAAUGGUACCAAAUUUGUAGAUGAAGUACUAAGUGGUCAAAGUGACUGCUGUCUGGAAAAUUUCCGCAUGGACAAGCAGGUGUUCUACAAGUUAUGUGAUAUUUUGCAAGCUAAGGGCCUACUACGCCAUACAAAUAGAAUCAAGAUAGAGGAGCAAUUAGCCAUAUUCCUGUUCAUUAUUGGCCAUAAUCUACGCACUCGAGCUGUCCAAGAGUUAUUCCGGUAUUCAGGAGAAACCAUUAGUCGUCAUUUCAACAAUGUUUUGAAUGCUAUUAUGGCAAUUUCAUUAGAUUUCUUUCAGCCUCCAGGAUCUGAUGCUCCACCAGAAAUCUUGGGAGAUCCUAGAUUCUAUCCGUAUUUUAAGGAUUGUGUGGGAGCAGUUGAUGGCAUACACAUUCCUGUUAUGGUGGGUGUGGAUGAACAGGGCCCCUUCCGUAACAAGAAUGGAUUACUUUCACAAAAUGUUCUGGCAGCUUGUUCAUUUGAUCUGAAAUUCCAUUAUGUUCUGGCUGGCUGGGAAGGCUCAGCAUCAGAUUUGCGAGUUCUGAACUCAGCUCUUACAAGGCGCAACAAGUUGCAGGUCCCUGAAGGCAAGUACUAUAUUUUGGACAGCAAAUAUGCAAAUAUGCCAGGCUUCAUAGGCCCAUACAAUGGGAUUCCUCAUCACCCAAAUGAGUAUGCCAGUGGUUAUCAUCCUCAAGAUCCUAGAGAACUAUUUAAUCAAAGGCACUCUUUAUUAAGAAAUGCCACUGAUCGUACCUUUGGUGCUUUAAAAGCACGGUUCCCCAUAUUGAUGUCAGCUCCUCCUUACCCUUUACAAACACAGGUUAAGUUGGUUGUAGCAGCAUGUGCGAUACACAAUUAUAUCCGCAGAGAGAAACCUGAUGAUUUGAUUUUUAGAAUGUAUGAACAGGAUAACAUGCUAGAAAUCGAAGAAUCACUGCCCCCAUUAGAGGUAGAACAGUCAAUGAUACCAGUUGAGAACCAGGCUGUGGACAUCGCGUUUGAGACAGAACAGCUUGAGUAUAGUUCACAGUUGCGUGACUCUAUUGCGAACAAUAUGUGGGAAGACUAUAUUCGCGACCUGUCAGCUAUGUAGAUGGAUUUAUUGUGGGUUUUAGAUUCAGAAUUGGGGAUUCUUUUCAAGAUCAUUGGCCGUAUAGAAUUGUUAAAAUUGAUCUUGAUGGGGGUUGUACAUCGGUAUUUUUUUAAUUUGUUAAUAUAUCAUAGAAUUAUAUUGGUAGAUCAUAAUCUUAAAAUUGCUUGCUGUAUACAAAAGUUUAUGAGCAACUGUAUACUUUGACAAAAGUUACAGAAUCAUAUUCACACCUUACUAUUUAGUUGGAGGAUCUUUGGUGCCAUUGUUUCUGC